CAAAGAUGGCUACCCACAGACGCUAACUUCAAUUUGACAAUUGAAGGGUAAAUCAUGUAACGGUACCAUCCCAAUCUGUUUGAAACUGGAUUGACGUCAUAUUGACAAAAGCAGAUUUUCUUCAAAUAGAAAUAAACGACCCUGCAGGAAUCUGAAGACACUAGGCUAACCUGUGAUCACCUACCCCAGGAGGUUAGACUGAAGGAGCGUGCCUGACCUCUGACCCCUGACCUCCAGUCCCAUCAUGGUGCUGAAGAUAUUCUUCCCUCAGUGCUGUAACAAGGCAGACAGUGGGCUGCUUGUGGGGCGAUGGAUCCCAGGACAGAACUCGGCCGUGGUGCUAGCUGUUAUCCACUACCCCUUCAUCCCUGGACAGGUCAAACAGUACAUCCACCAGAUGCGUGGCCAGAGUGGGGUGGAUCUGACGGUGCUGGGCUCGUGGAGCAUGCCCAAGGAGGGCCAGGAGGGCAUGGAGAGUUUCCUUAGGGACCUCAGCACCAUCUUCCCCCAGGGACAGUGGCUCCAGCUCAGUAGAGAGAUGGGCAAGAUAGGCUUCGGGUGUCACGUCCUCACAAGGGACCAGAAUGGGAAGCUGCUACAACAGGAAAAGGAGCUGAAAGAGGGUGGUGGUGGAGAGAAAGGAGAGGGAAAGAAAGGAGGAAAGGGAGGAGAGGGCAAGAAAGGAGGAGGAGAGAAAGGAGGAACAAAGAAAGGAGGAGAGAAGAAAGGAGAAGAGAAGAAAGUAGAGGGAGAGAAAGGAGGAGGAGAGAAGGACAAGGUGAUAUUUAUCCACUAUGAACAGAGGAAGGUCAUGCUGUCUCAGCUGCACCCCAUAGAGAACGGGGUUCCAGACCCUCAAACUGAGUCACAACUACCACAGGUGUUUGGGACAGUGUGUCAGAGUGAGCCGCUGUUCUUCCUGGAUAAGUAUGAUGACAGUCCUGUGAAGCUGACCCACUGGCAAUCAGAGGGACGGGAGGGCUCCAUUAUAGUAGAACUGAUGAAACAGGCCUCUACACCUGUCUGCCUGCUAACUACCUGGAUACUAACACUGUGGACCAGCCUCUGUAGUAGCAGGAUAUUGAAUGUGCGUCCGAUGAGGUUCAUCUCCAGUAAGUUGUCUACGUGUGUUCAGCUGAGCUACAGAACAGAACACCUUCAGACAGUCUGCUCUCCUACCAGAGCCACCGCACACAACCACUUCAUGAGGAAAGCCAAUAUCUCCGUGUCGUUCUUUGUGGAUGUGUGUCUGGGCCUGCUGUUGGUAUGGUGGAUGUAUAGAGAGAACCGUAUUGGCAAACUGGCCAACACACUGGUACCUGCUGCUGAUCAUGUAGCUAAAGAGCUGGAGGAGCUGUUGCAGUGGCUGAUGGGAGCUCCAGCUGGUCUGAAGAUGAACCGGGCUCUAGACCAGGUGUUAGGACGAUUCUUCCUCUACCAUAUACACCUGUGGAUCAGCUACAUUCACCUGAUGUCUCCGUUCGUUGAGAUGAUUCUGUGGUACGUGGGUCUGUCUGCCUGCCUGGGCUUGACCUUUGCCCUCUCCCUGCUCUCUGACAUCACCGCCCUGCUCACCUUCCACAUCUACUGUUUCUACGUCUAUGGAGCCAGGCUGUACUGUAUGACGGUAUAUGGUCUGUCCUCUCUGUGGAGGCUGUUCAGAGGGAAGAAAUGGAACGUCCUCAGACAGAGAGUAGACUCCUGCUCUUAUGACCUGGACCAGUUGUUCAUCGGGACGUUACUCUUCACCAUCCUGCUGUUCCUCCUGCCAACCACAGCUCUAUACUACCUAGUGUUUACCCUGCUCCGCCUUGUGGUAGUAAUGUUCCAGGGAGUUGUCCACCUCAGUGUUGACUUCAUCAACUCCUUCCCUCUGUUCGCCAUGGGCCUCCGACUCUUCAGAUCCUACAGACUGGCAGAGGGGGUGAAGUUCAGAGUGCUCUGUGAGGAACCAGGAACACCUCUACACCUCAUGAUGGAUAUUAACCCUCUGAAGGUGAGCAGUGUGGUUCAGACCUACAGGACCCCCACCUACAGCUGCUACCCUAAAGACUCCUGGCUGGCCCUCUGCAAGAAGCUGUUCCUGGGAGAACUCAUCUACCCCUGGAGACACAAGACUACCAAGAUAGACUAGGACCAGGGGGGAGAGACAAAGGGGAGAGAUGGAGGGGAGAAGCUGUUUCUGGGAGAACUCAUCUACCCCUGGAAACACCACCAAGAUCAACUGAGACCAGGGGAGAGAGGAGAGAUAGAUAGGGGGGAUGGAUAGGGGGAGAUAGGUUGAGGAGGGGGGUGGUGGGAGAGGAUGUUAGUGUGAGAAUGUUGGUGCUGCUGAUGAGAGCUUGUAAAGGAGGUGUGUGUCUCCUUUUUAAAUCAGGUAUUUAGGGCUGCUGGCACCCUAUUCCCUACAUAGUGCACUACUUUUGACCAGAGUUCUAUGGGGCCCUGGUCAAAAGUAGUGCACUAUGUAGGGAAUAGGGUGCCAUUUGUGAUGCUGUCUAAACCAUCUACUGCACUAAUUACUCCUAGUCUUAUUUAACUCCAGAUGUAUUUUAUAUUAUAAGAUUAAAAUAAAACAGUCACAAAUGUUAGGAUGAAUUGAUUGUUUAUACAUUCCGACUAAUGUGUAGCGAGAUUGUGAUUAUUAGAACAUUUGUCAAUGAAUUUAUUUUUAUUGAAAACAUUCAGUAUUUAUUCUUAGUUUAGUAUUCUAGAUCAUUUUUUUUACUCUGGUAAUGUGCCAUUUCCCCCUAAGAACCUGCUAACCCCAAACCUACAGUACAGUAUCUAACUGCCAGAGAAGUACUAGAGUAUAGUACUGUAUUUAUUUAACCUUUUAUUUAGCAUUACGUUUGAAAGAUUCCUCUAACUUUCCCCAAAUUCCCAGGUUUCCCCCAGAAAUCCUGGUUGGAAUAUUCCCGGAAUCUGGAGGGAAUCAGGGAAUCCUCCAACUGGGAUUUCUGAAAUAGCAAGGAAUUUUGCAACUUUAUUGAGAGCCUUUAUUUUUUACAAUAACAACCUGGUAUUAUCCUGGUUUAUCUUCUUAGAAUGUACAUUUUUCCCUUUAAUUUCAUAGACUGAUUUUUUUUUGUGCCAUAAUGGAAAGAAAUAAGAAAACAAUUGAUUCUAAAUCAGGACCAUAGUUUGUCAUAUUGUCAUGUUUGAUUGCACUUGAUUGUGUUGACUACUAAUCAAGUCGUUGAAUGUACAACGUACCUAAAUGUCCGGGGAUGCGUCUCAAAUGGCACGCUAUAGACUAAAUAGUGCACUACUUUUUGACUAGGGCUAUAUGCGACGUAUCCCCAAUGUCCCUUUCAUAAUAAUAAAGUCCCAGUUGA